GUGUGGGUGAGUGUGGGUCGUGAUCUCAGUUGAGGUAGCGAUACGGCUUCAGAUCAAUAUUGACUCUUUCUACCGACUACUGAGAUUGAGAGAGAACACACCGGAAAAGCUCUCGACCUACCCCAGUAUUCCACUUCGAUAUCAUCUGGCUAUUUGGGAGAAUGUACGCCAACAUCACCAGCACCAUGAACAACUCCUCCCCUUUCAACAACACCUCGACCCUCUACCCCUCAACCCUGUCCUCCGCUCCAUCCCAGCAACCUCUCUGGAACUUCUCCUCCUCCACCUCCAUCCAGUCCUCCACCUCUUCCUCCCUCUCUUCAGCCCCUCCCUCCCCCAACGUGCCCUACAUGGCGGCCGAGCUGGUCAUCGCCAUCCUCUCCACCGUGGGCAACCUGCUGGUCUGUGCCGCCGUGGGGCUCAACAGGAAGCUGCGCACGGUCACCAACUACUUCCUGGUGUCCCUGGCGGUGGCCGACAUCUGCGUGGGGGCGCUGGCCAUCCCGUGCGCCAUCCUGACGGGCGUGGGCGUGCCCCGCCACGACCUCUACCUGUGCCUGCUCAUGCUGAGCGUGCUCAUCAUGCUGACCCAGAGCUCCAUCUUCAGCCUGCUGGCCGUGGCCGUGGAGCGCUACGUGGCCAUCUUCAUGCCGUUCCGCUACCACGCGCUGAUGACGCCGCGCAACGCCGUCCUGGUCAUCCUGGUGACGUGGGUCCUGGCGUUCCUCAUCGGCCUGGUGCCGCUGAUGGGCUGGCACAAGACGCCGCCCGAGUCGGGCUACUGCUUCUUCGUGCUGGUGGUGGACAUGACCUACAUGGUCUACUUUAACUUCUUCGCCUGCGUGCUGGCGCCCCUGGUGGUCAUGUUCCUGAUCUACGCGCAGAUCUUCCUGACGGUCAAGCGGCAGAUGCGGCGCAUCGCUGCCGAGCGGCUCGGCGGCGCGGCCGAGGGGCAGGCGGCGCGGGCGGCCAACAUGAAGAAGGAGCUGAAGACGGCCACCUCGCUCUUCCUGGUGCUCUUCCUGUUCACGGCGUGCUGGAUCCCGCUGCACGUCAUCAACUGCUUCCUGCUGCUGUGCCCGCACUGCCCCGUGCCGCUGGAGCUGCUGCUCACCGCCAUCAUCCUCUCCCACGCCAACUCGGCCGUCAACCCCUUCCUCUACGCCUACAAGAUGAAGGUCUUCAGGGAGUCCUUCAAGGCCAUCUUCCUCUGCUGUCGGACAAUGGGGGAAGGACAGGAGGGGCCGAGCUGCGAUGGGAGUGGGGCCACCAGGGGUUAAAUAACCCGUCUAGGUCACAUCGUUGGUAAUGAGACACUAUGUAUUUGAGGUCCAACGAGCUACCAUGUGAGUAAUGUACACAAGUGGGCCCUGACCGCGAUUCAAGUAAAGCUAAGGCUGGUGGACACACAUAUGAAGCACCCGUUUCGUUCGGCUGUCAACUCAGGUCAAA